AUGAACUCACAUGCAGAUGUCGAAGUUGCAAUGGAAUGCAAUGGUGAUGAUCACAGUAGCGAGAAUGAGAACGAUGACCCCAAACACAACCUGAGAUUCACUAAAGAACUGAUAGACGAGAUCCGAUCCACAAAGGCUAACAACCCAGGAAUGUUCGUAUCUGCAUGGCAGGAGGACGACCAAGGUAUAAGAGAUGCAGAUCUAAGAAACACGGGUGAUAGAUUUCUGAAGGAAGCUGAGAAUGGAAAUGUCGGUGUAUUAAGAAGCAUGCUGGACAGUGAUCCUGAUCUUUUGUCAGUUUCUGACGAGGAUGGUUACACGGCCUUGCACAGGGCUGCUUACAACAAUCAUAUAGACGUAGUCUCGUUCUUAUUGGAAAAAGGAGCUGACCCUGAGGCGAGGACGAAGCAAGGCUGGACUGCUUUGCAUUCAGCAGCCAACUGGGGUAACUACGAGGUGAUCGGUCGACUCAUUUCUCAUGGCGUUGACGUUAAUGCUCGUUCCAGUGGAUCUGUAACGCCGCUUCAUUUAGCUAUCAGUAGCCAAUGCGAGAACGGUGAGAAUGUUUUCCACUCUGUUCGCUAUCUGCUUCAAGCUCCAGGAAUUGAUGCGAGUGUAGAAAGCGGCUCUGGUGACACACCUCUCGAUCUCGCACGCAGAACAUCCUCUGAAGUCUACGCAAUGCUCACUGAUCAUCUCGACAGAUGA